GCUACACACAUGUGGAGAAGUGUAUGACAAUGUCUCACCCUAGUGGAUGGAGUGAGGUCAGCUUUAAAUGUCUCUUAUUCUCUCUGCACACAGACACAAGUGACACCAUGAACAAGCUGCUGGUUAUUACUGUGCUGGUUGCACUCCUCGCUCUCAGCGCUGAAAGCUUCCGUGUGCCGAGGCAGGUUGACGAGGAGCAGGGGACCAUGACCAAGAUCACAGACACCGUCAAGAACGCCUAUGCCAGUGCAGUGGACACCGUCAGCGGAUAUGUGGAAAGCAUCAAGGGCUUGAAGCUGGAGGAGAAAAUCAAGAAUGUUUACUCUGAAACCACCUCAAUCAUGGGCACCUACGCUGGCAUCAUGCAAGACCAGAUGUACCACAUCUUUUACCAGAAGUAAACUAAUUUCCAGUCACCUCAGCUACAUUUUUUUUUAUCAGUGUGAGAACUUUCAAAAUCCACACAAAAAGGCCCAAAAGUCAUUUGACAUUUUGAACUUGAAUUUCACCUCACCCGAGCCUCAAAACCUACAAACAGCAUCUUCAAAAAAAAAAAUGAUGGACCCCCUGCUCUUUGUGGUGCUAUCUUGGGCCAUUGCACUGGUGGUAAAUGUUGUUAACCGCACAACGGACACUGUAAUCUGUUGGGAGAAAAACAA